AGACGCUCCUUUCAUUAUUAUUCCUUGGGGGGCUCUUGAUUGAUAAAGCCCACCCGCUAAUCAGCCGAACUAUUUCUACUCGAGAGGCAGCAAUUCAAAAUGAAUGACGUAACUUUAGACUCAUUUAAUGCAUUGAAAGCAGUUGCACUUCUAAAUCUAUAGAUUUUCCUGUAGAUUCCUUCCUUAUCUCGGGAUAUUCGAUAAAAUUAAGAGUCAUGCCACAUCAGGUUUGUAUGGUCUCAGACUUUUUUUACCCAAAUGUUGGAGGAGUUGAAGAGCAUAUCUUCAACCUUUCACAAUGUCUCCUUCGCCGUGGUCAUAAGGUGAUAAUUGUUACUCAUUCUUAUAAUGACCGAGUGGGUGUGCGUUACAUGACAAAUGGACUGAAGGUGUAUUACCUGCCUAUUAGAGUAUUUUAUAACCAAUGCGUACUCCCUACCAUGAUAUGUUCUCUACCCAUCAUCCGUUACAUAUUCAUACGUGAACAAAUUACAAUAGUUCAUGGUCAUUCUGCAUUUUCUGCUCUUGCACAUGAAGCAAUGUUAAUAGGUCAUUUAAUGAAUCUUAGGUGUGUGUUCACUGACCAUUCUCUCUUUGGAUUUGCUGAUACAUCAGCAGUCAUCACUAAUAGAUUCUUGCAAAUAUCCUUAUUUAGUUGUAAUCAUUGCAUCUGUGUGUCACAUACAGGGAAGGAGAAUACUGUAUUGCGAGCAAGAGUUGAAAGUAACCGCGUCUCUGUAAUCCCAAAUGCUGUGGAUACAAAGGCUUUUUCACCAGAUCCGAGAAAUAGGUCAGAGGAUUAUGUGACUAUUGUUAUUGUUGGGAGACUUGUGUAUCGCAAGGGUGUGGAUCUUAUGGCUCAAAUUAUUAAGGAGUUUGGCCCUAAAUACCCAAAUGUGAAGUUUAUUGUUUGUGGAGAUGGACCCAAACGAUGGCUCUUGGAUGAAGUAAGAGAACGUUGUGGUCUACAGGAUAGAGUUGAACUAUUAGGUGCCCUAGAACACUCACAAAUUCGAAAUGUUCUGACUCGUGGUCACAUUUUCCUCAAUACGUCUCUUACAGAGGCCUAUUGUAUGGCUAUUGUAGAAGCAGCAUCCUGUGGACUCCAAGUUGUAAGUACAAGAGUUGGAGGUAUUCCUGAAGUGUUACCCCCUCAGCUUAUUUAUCUCACUGAACCAGACGUUCCAUCUUUGGUAGAGGGCCUAGAGAAAGCUAUGGAGGACUUAGCACGAGGCUGUGCAGUUGAUCCAUUUGAAUGCCAUAGGCAAGUCUCAUCAUUAUAUAAUUGGAAUGAUGUGUCACAGCGUACUGAAGUGGUUUAUGACAUCGUUACCAAGGAUGAAUCAAAACCGCUUGGUGAACAACUCCAAUGUUACAUAAAUGGAGGUGUAUUACCUUUUAUGCUGGUGGUAGCUCUGUGUCACCUAAUUUUGAAAACUCUGGACUGGCUUGUUCCAUCCAAGACCAUUGACAUUGCCAAGAAUUUUGAUCAGAAGACAUUCAAAGUGCAACAAGUACCUAAGAAAUUAUCAUGAAACUGCAAGAACUCUUAAUUCUAAAGGCCAAAUUAUUGUUAUUGCGUUAAGUUACCAAAUGACCAAAUGAGAGAGCGCAUAUCAUAUUCCAUAUAGGAGUCAAAUGUGGUUUAAGAAAAUUUUUCAUGAAACCAAAUUGUGUUCCUUUUAAGCAGAUUUUGUUAUAUGCAGAGUUUUUAGCAUGGCUCGGGUGUGAACGGAAAUCAGAUUCGUGUUCACUACCAGCGAGUUUUUGCUAUUCGCUUUUACCAGAUUUGACUGAAGGGGAACUUGUCUGUGAUAGAGAGGCCAACAAAUGUCUACAGUACGUAGGGCUCAGUAUGUUGUGAAUUGCAUUUAAUCCUCAGAUACAUUUGACAUAGUCUAAAGGCAAAAGAAUCACAUAUUCAUCAGCACACAGUCUAGUCGACAUAUUUUACGCAGAGGACAUUUGAAGCAAUACUUUUGCUUUACUGUGUACAACAUUACUUUCUUUUACUUAUGCAUAACAUUCAGUACAGUGCAGCUUGAGGAGAAGAGUGCAUAAAGAGGAACAAACUUGUGUGUUUUGAAAAUUUUAUAAUUUUAGAUAAUAAAAUGAAAUUGAUUUUUUAAAAGACAAUCUUAAUUUACUGAUAUGUUAUGAUAAUAUGAUAUGUUUAAGCGGUAAGUCUAAAGACAAGGUCAUAAAUAUAAGCCUUAUAAAGUUUCAGUUCAUUUAAAAACUGAACUUUUAAACAUCAUCAGACUGUUGAAGAUAUGUCUUUGAAGUUAAUAUAUUUGAUGAAUUUUAAACAACAAGCCUAAGUUAUUUUCACCACUUUGAUAUGUUAUGCCCAAUGCUGUGCAAGAAAUAAAUGGGAAUCACAAUAAAUGGGAAUCACUUGACAUGAAAGAAAAGGGACAGAAAUAAAACAAAUCAAUCUCUCUUAACUGAGUGCAACCAGUCCAAGUACUUGCAAGGGGACACUCCUUCACAAAGAGCUAAGUUAAUUUUAAAAACAACCUCAAAACACAGUGGAAGCACAGAAGUACUUAAGCUUCAAACAUAUAUGCAUGAAGAAGUGUCCCAAGGUAGAUAAGGCUGUACCUAAUGGGAAAAUUUCUGGCUUUUGGUGAAAUGUUUUAAAAAAGAGCAGAGACAUACCAAGCAGAAAUUAGCUUAAAACAAAAUUAAAUUGAAACCUAUAUUCUCUGGUAAGAUUUGCUACAUCUUUUCGACACCUUUAGUACCAUUACCUAUCAGUUCCUUUACAUCAACUGCCAGAAAACUAUUUUUUUUUUUUUAAAA